GGAACUUCCUCUUUCGGCUCCCAGAGGCGAUGGGCGGAGUGGAGGGUGGCUUUUCCCAGGGUCCAAGCAGCAGCUGGAAGGUGAGAGACAAGGGAGAGAACAAGAAGAACAAAGUUUUGAGCUGGAAAAAAUAGAGUUUGUGGAACUGAAGCAAACAUUACCUAAGAAGUCAAGGGGGAUAAUAUGUGGAAAUAACUGGCAGUCAGUCGGAAGGAAAAGGUUCCUUGGACAGCCAAAAUGGGGAGACACAAGAGGACUUGCACUGGGGAGAAACACUUUGGAUGUCCGGAUUGUGGGAAAACUUUCAGUUGGAAUUCUGACCUAGUGAAACACCAGAGGACUCACACGGGAGAGAAACCAUAUGUGUGUUCAGAUUGCGGCAAAAGUUUCAGUCAGAAUGACAACCUGGUGAAACAUCAGAGGACUCACACUGGAGAGAAACUGUAUGAGUGUCUUGAAUGUGAGAAAUGUUUCAAUCUGAAUUCCAACCUGGUGAGACAUCGGAGGACUCACACAGGAGAGAAACCAUAUGAGUGCCUGGAUUGUGGGAAAAGUUUCUCUUCGAAUUCUAGCCUGGUCAUCCACAAAAGCACUCACACGGGAGAGAAACCAUAUGAGUGUCUGAAGUGUGGGAAAAGUUUCAGUCACAGUUCCUACCUAGUGAAACACCAGAGGUCUCACACAGGAGAAAAACCAUAUGAGUGUCCUGAUUGUGGGAAAAGUUUCCAGCAGAAUUCCCAUAUGGUGGAUCAUCAGAGGACUCACACAGGAGAGAAACCAUAUAAGUGUUGUUAUUGUGGGAAAGGUUUCUCUCGGAAUUCUAACCUGGUCAUACACGAGAGGACUCACACAAAAGAGAAACCAUAUGAGUGUGUCUAUUGUGGGAAAGGUUUCAGUCACAGUUCCUACCUAGUGAAACACCAGAGGACUCACACGGGAGAGAAACCAUAUGAGUGUCCAGACUGUGGGAAGAGUUUCCGGCAGAAUUCUCAUCUGGUGGAUCAUCAAAGGACCCACACAGGAGAGAAACCAUAUAAGUGUUGUGAUUGUGGGAAAGGUUUCUCUCGGAAUUCUAGCCUGGUCAUACACGAAAGGACUCACACAAAAGAGAAACCAUUUGAGUGUCUGUAUUGUGGGAAAGGUUUCAGUCACAGUUCCUACCUAGUGAAACACCAGAGGACUCACACGGGAGAGAAACCAUAUGAGUGUCCAUAUUGUGGCAAAGGUUUCCAGAAGAAUUCCCACCUGGUGGAUCAUCAGAGGACCCACACAGGAGAGAAACCAUAUAAGUGUUGUGAUUGUGGGAAAUGUUUCACUUGGAAUUAUAGCCUGGUGAUACACCAGAGGACUCACACAGGAGAGAAACCAUAUGAGUGUCUGUAUUGUGGGAAAGGUUUCAGUCAGAGUUCCUACCUAGUGAAACACCAGAGAACUCACAUGGGAGAGAAACCAUAUGAGUGUCCAGAUUGUGGGAAAACUUUCCAGCAGAAUUCCCACCUGGUGCAACAUCAGAGGACUCACACAGGAGAAAAACCAUAUGAGUGUUUGGAUUGUGGGAAAAGUUUCCAGCAGAAUGACAGCCUGGUGAGACACCAGAGGAUUCACACAGGAGAAAAGCCAUAUGAAUGUCCAGAUUGUGGGAAAAGUUUCCUGCAGAAUUACAACCUGUUGGAACAUCAGAGGACUCACACAGGAGAGAAACCAUAUAAGUGUUGUGAUUGUGGGAAAUAUUUCUCUCGGAAUUCUAGCCUGGUGAUACACCAGAGAAUUCACAAACGACAGAAAUCGUGUGAAUGUCCAGAUUGUGGGAAAAGUUUCAAUCUGAAUUCUAACCUGGUGAGACAUCGGAGGACUCACAGAGUAGAAAAACCACAUGAAUGUUUGGAUUGUGGCAAAAGUUUCAGUCGGAAUUCCAGUUUGGUGAUACACCGGAGGACUCACACAGGAGAGAUACCGUAUGAAAGUCCGGAUUGUGUGAAAAGUUUUAAUCAGAAUUCCGAGCUGGUAAGUCACCGGAAGAUUGAAACAGGAGAAAAACCAUAGGAGUGUCUUGAAUGUGGGGAAAGUUUCAGUAGGAAUUCCAGUUUGGUGACACAUGAGAUGAUUCACAAAUGAGAGAAACCGUAUGAAUGUCCAGAUUAUGGGAAAAGUUUCAGUCAGAGUUCCCACCUGGUGAAACACCAGAAAACUAGGGGUGAAAUCUAAAAAUUUUCCCUACCGGUUCUGUGGGCGUGGCUUGGUGGUCAGAUGACUGGGUGGGCGUAGCCAAUAACAAUAAAUAAUAAAAAUAAUAAAGUAUAAAAAACAAUAAGAGGUACCAAAACCAACUUUCACACUUUACACACACACAACACAACGCAACUGACACACACACAAAAUACCACAUACAGCUUUCUGAGAUUUGUGUGUUGGUGUAGUUAGAGUGAAACACUACAGAAACACACCAAAUCUCAGAAAGCUGCACAAAUAUUUUAUUAUUUUAUUCUAUUUUUUAAGGUUUGUGGACUUCAAUUCCCAGAGUUCCUCAGCCAGCAAAGCCAGCCAGCAUUAGUUGCUCAGUGAUGAAAUAGAUUAGCUAAGCAACUGAUUCUAUCUGGUGCUGAAAGUGGAACUGGGGCUUUCGGGCUGGGAAAAAAGCCAUGCGUUCAAUCAGUAAUCAGGUAAGUGCCUUGGAAUCUCUUAAAAGGAGGUUUUCUACAUGUUUUCUACAGAAAACAUGUUUUUUAAGGUUCUGCUGAUGAGGAACAGGUGAGAUUGCCAGAGGAGCCUU